AUGGUGCCGCUCGGGUGGUGUGGGGCGUGGUGGCGUCGACAGUACCAUGAUCCGCAUCCAGGAACGUGUCACCUCGCGCUGUGCACCGUGCAGCUGCUCUUCGCGGGCAUGCACGUCACUUCAAAACCCGCACUCGAGUUCAUCCCGCCGUUCGGUUUUUGCACCCUGAGGCUGGUCCUGGCGUUACCGUUCCUCUGGUGGCUGGCCCUGAAGGAAGGUUCCCGGCGCUUUCGUUCGGCCGAGCUGCUCUACAUACCACCGAUGGCUUUCGCGAUUGGUAUUGCUUACUCCUUCAUCUUUGUGUGCAACCAGCGGUCGGGACCUAUCGCGACCGCGAUGGUGCAGCCGCUUAUGCCGAUCUCGACAGGGGCCUUCCUUGCCGUGUUGGGCCUGGAACCCCUCCCUCCCUUCAAGGUGUUUGGAAUGUUGGUGGCGACCUUCGGAACUUCACUGGCACUCAGAGUAUACUCGACGAACAUAGGACCAGGUCCCCUCGACGUGUUCCUGCUCGUCAUUCAGGCGAGUAGCUACGGGGUGUAUAUUGUGUUGUUGACUAGGGCCCUUGGGCAAAUCAGGACAGCGCAUGAGAUCGAGACGAGGGCGCUUAAAGAGGCUUCUUCAGAGCAGGAGAAGCCGCCACCAGGCCCCAUGCUGUUUCUAUUUUCGGCGACUCUCCUGGCAGAAGUAGCCAUCGCGUGCGUGGGUCUGCCCGGGCUUGUGACGGCCGUCAACUGGCAAGACCUUCCAGUUGCUGCAUAUAUGGCCGUACUCUACGCAGGCAUCGCGAGCUCUUGCUUCGCGCAUGGGUUGAAUUCUUGGGCGGUCUCUCACGUAAGUGGUGUCUUGCCGACAGUCUACUCCGGGGUGCAGGUCAUAUGGACGGCGUUGCUUUCCUACGUCGUCCUCGGCGAGAAGAUAACAUGGGAUCAGGCCGUCGGUUCAUUACUGACCAUCUGUGGGGUUGCCUUGGUGAGCUGGGUGCGGGAGAAGGAGAGAAGACUGCUACGCAAGGAGAAAGUUGAGAUGGAGGAAACGAGGGAAAACGAGGCAGAAACGGAACGGGGACAUGGAAUGACGCCUGAGCGGAGGCAAAACCUCGCACGAGUCUGCCGAGGAUCGAGUCCGGCGUAG